ACCGAGCCGAGCCGCAUGCUACCACGCCGACUCGUCCCCUUCCUCCCGAACUCGCGCCUCCUCUUCCGCUCCCUAAACCCUAGCCUCGCCAUGUCUCCGGCCGACGCCGCCGCCGCCGCCCACCUGACCACGGCCUCCGACCCCGACGAGGACAUAUGCUCCAGCCCCGCUGCCGCCGCUGCCCCCGAGGAGAUCGCGCCGCCCGUGCCCACGCCCCUGCCUCCUCCGCCGGCGUCCGCGGAGGAGAGGGUGGAGCGCGCGUGGGCGCACUGGAGGCGGCUGGGGUCCCCGAGGCUGGUGGUGGCGCCCAUGGUGGACAACUCGGAGCUGCCCUUCCGCAUGCUGUGCCGCCGCUACGGCGCCGACGCCGCCUACACGCCCAUGCUCCACUCCCGCAUCUUCUCCGAGAACGAGAAGCACAGGGACAUGGAGUUCACUACCUGCAAGGAGGACCGCCCACUUUUUGUUCAGUUUUGUGCGAACGAUCCUGAUAUUUUGUUACAAGCUGCAAAGCUGGUGGAAGCAUACUGCGACUAUGUUGAUUUGAAUUUUGGAUGUCCACAGCGCAUUGCUAAACGGGGAUACUAUGGGGCAUUUCUCAUGGACAACCUUCCACUCGUUAAAUCGCUUGUGCAAAAUCUGUCAGAGAACCUUUGUGUUCCAGUCUCUUGCAAGAUCCGCAUAUUUCCGCGACUGGAGGACACACUUGCGUAUGCAAAGAUGCUUGAAGAAGCCGGUGCUUCUCUUGUGGCAGUGCAUGGGCGUACAAGAGAUGAAAAAGAUGGGAAGAAAUUUCGAGCUGACUGGGAUGCCAUCAAAGCUGUGAAAGAUGCCCUGAGGAUACCUGUACUUGCAAAUGGAAACAUUCGUCAUAUGGAGGAUGUGAAGAGCUGUCUGCAACACACUGGUGCUGAUGGCGUGCUUUCAGCUGAACCUCUUUUGGAAAAUCCAGCAUUAUUUGCUGGUUUCCGUACAAAGGAGUGGAAAGAAGAUGGCAAUGAAGACGGAGAUGGUGGUUUAGACCCGGCUGAUCUUGCCAUUGAGUAUUUGAAACUGUGCGAGCAAUACCCAGUGCCAUGGAGAAUGAUUCGAUCCCAUCUCCACAAGUUGCUGGGAAGCUGUUUUAGAGUGCAUCCGCAAGUGAGGGAGGAAUUCAAUGCACAGACCAAGCUCACUUUUGAGGGGUUGCAUGAUAUGGUAAAGAGGCUGAAAGAACUCGGCGGUGGAAUACCACUUUACAGAGAUCAGAGCUCUUUACAGUCACAUGCCGUUACAAACGGGCUAGCUGCAAGCAAUGCGUGAUGAUGCCCAUCAAUUUUGCCAUCUACAGCUUACCGAUUUAUGGAGGUAAACUAAAGAUGAACCAGAAGGCACCAGAUAUCUAAUGUCAGUAUAGAUUGUAUCAGCAUUUUGUUGGAACACACUUUAUGGGAGGCACCAUGGGUCGUGGUUCUGUAAAAGAGAACUACUAGGGUCAAAAAUGAAUUUGUAUAAAGAUAUGCCAGUGGUUGCCCAAUUGAUUUGUUCAGAGCAUCUGCCGUGGAUACCUUACAUUGUUGUAACAAUUGAUGUGCACAUCUGCAGACAUUAUUACGAUCUGCUAUUGAAGUAGUAUCUUCUAA